AUGGGCUCAAUCGCUGUCGCCAAGGGCAAGGCUUACCCGCCUGGAAUUCACGUCCCUGCUCUGACUUGGUUCGCCGACGAUGCCAAUCAGGAGAUCGACUGGGACCUCCAGAAGAAGCACAUUGAGUUUCUGAUCAGCUCUGGCCUUGACGGAAUUGUCAUUGCUGGAACCAACGGCGAGGCGGUUACCCUUUCUGCGGCCGAGAAGUCACAAUUGCUGCGAACGACGCGCGAGAUUGCCGUGCAAGUUGGCCGCCCCGACAUCACCAUCACCCUGGGCACCUCCGGAAGCUGCACCCGCGAUGUCAUCGCCGAGACUCACCUGGCCAAGGAGGCCGGCGCCGACUUCGUCCUCGUCCUCACCCCCAGCUACUUCCACUUCGCCAUGACCCAGGACGCCAUCCUGGCCUUCUUCGAGGAGCUUGCCGGCGUCAGCCCCGUCCCCAUUGUCAUCUACAACUUCCCCGGCGUCGUUGCGGGUCUCGACGUCAACUCCGAGAUGCUGGAGCGCCUGGGCCAGCACCCCAACAUUGUCGGCGUGAAGCUGACUUGCGGCGGCAUCGCCAAGGUUGCUCGCGUGACCGCCCAGUACAAGCCCGAGGACUUUGCUGCCCUGGCCGGUCAGAGCGACUGGCUCGUCCCUGCUCUGUCCGUCGGCAGCACCGGUGUGAUUACCGGCGUCGCCAACCUCUACCCCAAGGUCUGCAUGCAGAUCUACGACCUGUACAAGGCUGGCAAGGUGCAGGCGGCCGAGGCUGCGCAGCUGAAGCUCGCGCAGAUGGAAUGGGGCUUCGCCAAGGGUGGCAUCAACGGCACCAAGUGGGUUGUGGCCAAGAUCCGCGGAUACCCGCUGGAGAGCUGCCACUGCCGACGUCCCUACCCCGUGUACGGCGACGCUGACAAGCAGGCGUGGAUCCUGAAGACGGUGGAGCCUCUGGCCGCUGUCGAGCAGGGUCUCGGCGCGCGGGGGGAGUAG